AUGUGGGCAGAGUAUGACUACCUGUUCGCUUUUGCGAUGAUCGCGGCGUUCAUCGAUGCUUUCGGCAUCGGUGCAAACGACGUCGCCAAUUCCUUCGCCACAUCCGUCUCUUCCCGCUCCCUCACCUUUCGUCAGGCCAUGAUUGCUGCGGCCAUCUGCGAAUUCCUGGGCGCGGUGCUCGUCGGAGCGCGCGUCACUGCCACCGUUCGAUCUGGCAUCAUCAACAUUUCCUUGUUUCAGAAUCAAGCCGACACCGUGCUCCUCGCUUUCACGUGCGUCUGCAUAGGGUCGGCUACGUGGCUCACCUUUGCUACGCAGCAUCAGAUGCCAGUAUCGACGACGCACACCGUCAUCGGAGCGCUGAUCGGCGUGGGAGUUGCUGCUGGCGGCGCGUCGGAUGGCGUGCGAUGGGGCUGGAGCGGCGUGGGCCAGAUCUUUGCUUCGUGGGGCAUCGCUCCCGCCAUCUCUGGAGCGCUUGCAGCCAUCAUCUUUACAUUUACCAAGUACGCCGUGCUUAAGCGCAAAAAUGCAGUGGUCAUCGGUCUGUACCUUGGCCCCGUUUACUUUUUCAUCGUCGCCGCCAUCCUCACCACUGUCAUCAUCGCCAAAGGUGCGCCUUCGCUGAAUCUCGAUGAGAUGUCCCCUGGCGCCACAGCCGCUGCCAUCCUCGGCACAGCAGCAGUCGUAUCGCUCCUAUCCGUCAUCUUUUGGCUUCCUUUUGUCCGCGGCAAGGUUCUGAAAAAGGAUUACACCCUCCGAUGGUAUCACUUCUUCUACGGGCCUCUGCUCUGGAACAGGCCAGCUCCUGCCGAUGCGAGCAACGAGAAGCUCAACAUCGUCGACUACUACGCGGGACAUCGCGCUGAAGAUCAUGCCCAUCACUUUCACGACGAUGUCGAGACGCCAGUCGUUGCUGGCACAACUGGCAUCCACAACGCAUCACCAGACCACGUAGCUCCACUGGUCAACGGCAGCGCCGAUUCCUCCGGAGACAGAUCUUCGCGAGAUGAAAAGAUUGCGCUGGCACCCGAGGAUGAGACAGCGCAGCAGGUGCCUCAAUCUUCAGAGCCACCCACACAGAAGCAUUCCAAGCUGGCUCUGCUCGAAGCGAAAAUUUCUGGUCGCGAGGCGCACCUGACCACGGAUGAAAACGGCAUUCCGUACCCUCCGCCGUACCGCACCUACCACGGAUCUUUCCUCGAGCCAUGGAACAUGUACACCAUUUUGCGGUACAAUGCCGUGCCGUGGGUCGUCUACUUUUUCACUGCAGGUCUGCGCACCGACAUUCACAAGAUGCAAGACAACAUGGGUUCAGCAGAGGACAAAAAGCGCGUCGCUAGAAUGCACGCCAUCGCCACCGAGUAUCCCAACGAAGUCGAGCAUCUAUACUCCUUCCUGCAGGUGCUCACUGCUUGCACGGCCUCCUUCGCACACGGCGCCAACGACGUAGCCAACGCCAUUGGACCUCUCUCCGUAGUGUAUCAAGUCUGGUCGACGAUGGAGAUGCCGGGACGUAACUCUGUCGUGCCCGUGUGGAUCCUUGUCUACGGAGGUGCCGCCAUCUCUAUCGGUCUGGCACUCUGGGGAUGGAGGCUGAUGGCUGUGCUCGGAAAUCGUCUCACCCUCCACUCCCCUUCGCGCGGAUUCUCGAUGGAGUUUGGCGCCUCUAUCACCGUCGUGCUGGCAUCUUAUCUCGGUAUUCCCGUCUCCACGACGCAGUCCAUCACUGGUGCCACGCUUGGUGUCAGUCUGUGCAACGGCGACUGGAGAGGCACCAACUGGAAGGUGUUUGCGUGGAUCUUUUUCUCCUGGGUUUUGACCCUGCCCUUUGCCGCCCUCAUCUCUGGCUGUCUUUACGGCAUCAUUGCAAACGCUCCUCGAGGCGUUGUUUAG